UUAUUGUGAUGAUGAGUACAAUUACAGACAACCAUAGCUUCCCCUCCGCUGCCGCCAUUUCCAAAAACCACCAAAUUUCACCGCUUUUUUGCUCUCAAAUUCAAGUAUUAUAUCUGAAAAAUACAUCGCAAAAAUCAUAACGCAACGCUAAAACAGCAAUGUCUUUCAAGAACCGAACUCUGGCGACUCCCCAAACGCAGCCGCAGGAUUUCAAACAACGCGUUUGUACUUGUCUUAACAAACUCGCCGACCGUGACACUCUCGCCGUAGCUUCCGCGGAGCUCGAGUACAUCGCUCGGAACCUAACCGUUGACUCCAUCGCUCCGUUUCUUAACUGCCUCCACAACACCGAUUCUUCGACCAAGUCUCCGGUUAGGAGACAAUGCGUUAGCCUUUUGGCGUUGUUGUCUCGUUCGUACGGUAACGCACUGUCUCCUUACCUCUCUAAGAUGGUUUCCACGCUUUCCCGCCGCCUCCGAGACCUCGGCUCCUCCGUCCGGUCCGCCUGUGUUGAGGCGAGCGCCGCCAUGUCGUCUCACAUCACGAAACCUCCGUUUUCGGUUUUGUCGAAGCCGUUGAUCGAAAUGCUGGUUGUGGAGCAAGACGCGAACUCGCAGGUCGGAGCCGCCAUGUGUUUGGCGGCGGCGAUUGAGGCGUCGCCGGAUCCUGAGACAGAGCACCUUAGGAAGGCGUUGCCGAAGUUGGGGAAGUUAGUGAGGAACGAAAGUUUCAAGGCAAAAGCAGCGGUGUUAGGAGUUAUAGGAAGCGUCGCUAGUGUUGGCGGUGCCGGAAGUAAAGGUGUUUUGGAUUGGUUAGUGCCUUGUGUGGUGGAUGCUUUGAGUAGCGGAGAUUGGGCGACGAGAAAGGCGGCAGCGGAGGCGUUAGGGAAAAUAGUGAGGGCGGAGAAAGAGCUGACAAUGGAGUUUAAAUCGGCAUGUGUGGCGGCUCUCGAAAAUAGGAGGUUUGAUAAGGUAAAGAUCGUCCGAGAAACUAUGAAUCGCAGUUUGGAUUUAUGGAGGGAAGUUACUGGAAUUUCCGAGGAUGGUUCAAUUCCUUCUCCGUAUGAAUCAUCUUCAUUAGAAACAGAUAAUGGUAGCCUUAGAUGCUUUCCUUCAGUUUCAAAAAGUGUAGAUGGCGCUGAUUUUAGAACUCCCCAAUCAAAGAAAGUAGUCCCCACUGGCAGGUCGCCUCCAUCCGAUGCUUCAACUGAUCCCACUGCCAUGAAAGAGACUAACACAUCGACUUUCAGUGGGUUGAAUCGCACAAAACCCUCUGAUUUGAAGACUGAAAUUGCUAAGCCGAGGAAGUCUCUGUUUUUUAAGGCCUAUGAUAAUAUCAAACACAGUGACCUUGGUGUCCCGGAAACUAAACGCGAACUCUUUGCUAAGGCCCAUGGUGAAAAAUAUGAGAAAUGUGAAGGUUUGAAAUCUGGUUCUCGGGUGGUUCCUUUUCUUGAUGAGAAUUUAGAUGUUGAUGACGAAAAUGCAGCUAUAGAAGUUGAGGAGAACCCCAAAGAGGUUGAGGAUCUGAGUUUGAUACGUCAACAGCUUGCUCAGAUUGAAGACCAGCAAUCCGAUCUAUUAAACCUCCUCCAGAAAUUCAUUGGGAGCUCCCAAAGUGGGAUCAAUUCUCUAGAGACACGUGUGAAUGGCCUGGAGAUGGCUCUGGAUGAAAUAUCAUAUGACUUGGCUGUUUCAGGCGGAAGGAUUCCAAACAUGGAUUCUGCAGAUAACACGUGUUGCAAGAUGCCUGGUACAGAAUUUUUGAGUCCCAAGUUCUGGAGGAAAACUGAAGGUCGAUUUUCCACUUCAAGGUUUUCUGCCGAUUCUGGUGCUGAAAUAUAUAAGCCAGCAGUAGUCAGCCACAGACAUCGGCAUCAAGAUAGUGGUGGAUUUAUAAUGAAUCGAGCGGCGGGUGGUUGCACUGACACGACCGAGAAUUCAGGGUUUUUCUCAAGUAGAUUAUCAAAGAAUACCAUUCGAAGUGAUGAAAGGGUUCAGUUUGGCAAGACUAGUGGUCCUGAUGGGACGACCUUGAUUCGUUGCACUGCACCAAUGAACCUUAGAAGCAGAUAAUGUAAUUCCAUUGUAAAUUGCCUUGUAUGUAAUUUAUUAUAAAUCUAUUCUCUUUUCGGGUCAA